AUGCCCCUCUUCCACUCCUCCUCCCACUCCAGCUCCGACCGGAGCAGUAUCGAUGACCCCAACACUACAUCCUCUCACUCUCACCGUCGCUCCCACCGCUCCUCCGGCUCCGGCUCCUACCAUUCGUCAUCCUCCACUUCUCCCUCCUCCUCCCGCCACCACAGCCACUCCCUAUUCGGUCACAGCAGAAAGAACGAAGACCCUUCCAUCCUCGCCGCUAAAGAACAGGUCUCCCGUGCAGAAGCUGCGGAGCGCGAGGCUGAUCGGGCCCUGAUGGCUUCGAAGCGGGCGGUGCGUGAGGCCAGAGAACAUGUGAGAAGGUUGGAUGAAGAAGCAAAGAUGGAGGCGCGCGCAGCAAAGAUGAAGCAGGACCAGGUGAAGUCGAUUACGAAGAGGGCGAAGCCGUUGGGAAUUGGGAAUCCACUUGCGUACUAUGACGAAACACAAUGUAUUUGUUACAUCGUUGUUGACUGGAUUUUGGCGUCUUGA